CUUCCUGUCGCCAUGGCCAUUGACCAGCGCCCCCAAGAUGUCGGCAUCCUUGCCAUCUACCCUUACUUCCCCAAGCGUUGCAUCUCCGAAGAGGAGCUCGAGGUUUUUGACGGCGUCGCGAAGGGCAAAUACACCAUUGGUCUUGGCGCCGAAUACAUGGCGUUUACGGAUGACCGCGAAGAUAUCAACUCUUUUGCGUUGACAGCCGUUUCGCAACUCCUCGAGAAAUACAGCAUCGACCCCACCUCUAUCGGUCGCAUUGACGUCGGUACCGAAACCAUGAUUGACAAGUCGAAAUCCGUCAAGUCGACCCUUAUGGACCUCUUUUCCGCACACGGCAACAACGAUAUUGAGGGUCUCGACAACACCAACGCCUGCUACGGCUCCACCGGCGCACUGUUCAACGCGGUCAACUGGGUCGAGGGCCGUUCGUGGGACGGACGCAACGCGAUCGUCUUUGCCGGUGACAUCGCCAUCUAUGCUGAGGGCGCAUCUCGCCCAGUCGGCGGUGCGGGCGGCUGUGCAAUUCUCAUUGGCCCCAACGCACCGCUCGUGCUUGAGCCUGUGCAUGGCUCCCACAUGGCGAACGUAUACGACUUCUACAAGCCCAUACUCACCAGCGAGUACCCGGUUGUCGACGGUCCGCUGACCGUAACAACAUACAACAAGGCGCUUGACCAGUCAUACAUCACCUGGCGCCAGAAGUUCGAGAGCAGACUCAAGGCGCAAGGGAAGGAGUUCGAGGGCCCCAUAUCGCUCAACAUUGUCGACUACCCCGUCUUCCACGCGCCGUACGGAAAGAUGGUCCAGAAAGCGCACGCACGGUUGGUCUUCAACGACUUCCUGGCGAACCCUACCGACCCCCGCUUUGCCAACGUCACCAAUCCGGAGACAUUCACCUCUAUGCCCUACGAGAAAACGCUCUCCGAUAAGUCAGUCGAAAAGACAUUCAUUGGCGUUGCGAAUUCCGAUUUCAAGAAGAUCGUCGAGCCCUCGAUGCAGUGUGGCAAGCGCUGCGGUAACAUGUACACCGCGUCGCUUUACAACUGCCUCGCCUCGCUCCUUGCCGUGAAGACCCCAGAAGAAUUGUUCGGCAAGCGGAUAUCCAUGUACGCGUACGGCUCGGGCUGCGCGUCGUCUUUCUUCACCAUCCGCGUCAAAGGCUCGACAGAGAAGAUUCGCAAGACCAUGAACCUCCUUGACCGACUGGCGUCUAUGGAGGUCGUCCCACCGACACAGUUCAUCGAGGCACUCGAGGUCCGCGAGAAGAACCACAAUGCGGCACCUUACCAUCCUGUCGGCUCGACCGACAACCUCUUGCCUGGUACCUACUAUCUGGAGUCGAUUGACGAGAAGUACAGGAGGAAAUACAGUGUCAAGGCAUGAUCGUAGACGUGGUUAGACUGAUAUCUCGACAUUGGUUUCAUUUGUAUGUGUAUAUGUACGAAAUAGAUCGAACCUUGCACACUCA